GCCACCUGUCAGUGUCCAUCAAUGCCACAUAUCAGUGCCUACCAGUGCACAUCAAUGCCACAUAUCAGUGCCUACCAGUGCACAUCAAUGCCACAUAUCAGUGCCUACCAGUGCACAUCAAUGCCACAUAUCAGUGCUCUUCUGAGCUGCCUUUCAGUGCCACCUAUCAGUGCCAGUCAGUGCCACCUAUCAGUGCGCAUCAGUGCCUGUCAGUGCCGCCUAUCAGUGCCACCUAUCAGUGCCAUCAGUGCCACCUCAUCAGUGCCCAUCACUGCAGCCUCAUUAGCGCAUAUCAGUGAAGGAGAAAAAUCACUUAUUUACAAAAUUUUAAAA